GGUAUGCUUACCGUAACAUCUCCACCUCCACUGCUCUUCAAGCUAGAACCCAUGUUAGCUGUGAUAUCAAAGGAGAUGUUGCUGUUGUACGCUUCAAUGACCCAAAUGCAAAGGUGAACACUCUCUCAAGACAACUGAGCUCAGAGUUUAAUGAGGUAAUGAAUGAGAUCUGGGCCAACGAAGCUGUCAAAAGUGCCGUCCUCAUCUCUUCAAAGCCAGGUUCUUUCAUCGCUGGAGCAGAUAUCAACAUGAUUGAAGCUUGCAAGACUGCUGAGGAAGUGACUCAGCUUUCUCAGGAAGGACAGAAGAUGCUAGAAAAAAUUGAGCAGUCUCCAAAGCCCAUAGUUGCUGCCAUCAGUGGCUCCUGCCUGGGAGGAGGACUGGAGGUUGCCAUUGCCUGUCACUACAGAAUAGCAACAAAGGACAAGAAAACAGUCUUGGCUGCACCUGAAGUGUUACUGGGUAUCCUGCCAGGGGCAGGGGCUACUCAGAGGCUGCCGAAGCUGGUGGGACUUCCUGCUGCCUUUGAUAUGAUGCUGACUGGAAAAAGCAUCCGUCCUGACAAAGCAAAGAAGAUGGGUCUGGUUGACCAGCUGGUGGACUCGCUAGGGCCGGGUAUGAAGUCUCCAGAAACACGAACAAUUGAGUACUUAGAGGAGGUGGCCAUUGGCUUUGCCAGAGGUCUAGCCAACAGGACUGUGUCUGCCAAAAGAUCCAAAGGGCUAAUACAGAAGAUAACAGACUAUGCCAUGGCUCUUCCAUUUGUGAGGCAGCAAGUGUACAAGACAGUGGAAAGCAAAGUUCAGAAACAAACCAAAGGACUCUACCCCGCUCCAGUAAAGAUCAUUGAGGUUGUAAAGACUGGUCUUGAUCAGGGGCAUGACGCUGGAUACCUCACUGAAUCCCAGAACUUUGGCAAACUUGCAAUGACUAAGGAAGCCAAAGCACUGAUGGGACUUUACCAUGGGCAGGUGCACUGCAAGAAGAACAAGUUUGGAGAACCUCAGCGAGAGGUCAAGACUCUGGCAGUGCUGGGAGCAGGGCUCAUGGGAGCUGGCAUUGCACAGGUUUCAGUGGAUAAAGGACUGAAGACCAUUCUGAAGGACACAGCACAGCAAGGCUUGGACAGAGGACAGCAGCAGAUCUUCAAGGGGCUGAACAGCAAGGUGAAGAAGAAGAGUUUGACAUCAUUUGAGAGGGACUCCAUUCUCAGCAACCUUAAGGGCCAGCUGGACUACAAAGGCUUUGAGAAGGCAGACAUGGUGAUUGAGGCUGUGUUUGAGGACAUCAACAUCAAACAUAAAGUGCUGAAGGAAGUGGAGGCUGUGAUCCCUCCUCACUGUAUCUUCGCCAGUAACACAUCUGCCCUCCCAAUCGGCCAAAUUGCUUCUGUUAGCAAGAGGCCAGAGAAGGUGAUCGGGAUGCACUACUUCUCCCCUGUUGACAGAAUGCAGCUGCUGGAAAUCAUCACCACAGACAAAACAUCCCAGGACACAGCUGCUUCUGCUGUUGCUCUUGGCCUCAAACAGGGCAAGGUCGUCAUCGUGGUAAAGGAUGGGCCUGGCUUCUACACCACCAGGUGCCUGGGGCCGAUGCUGGCAGAAGUGGUCCGAGUUCUCCAGGAGGGCAUUGACCCAAAGAAAAUAGACACCCUCUCUACAGCCUUCGGCUUUCCUGUGGGUGCUGUCACAUUGGUUGAUGAGGUGGGUGUGGAUGUGGCCACACACGUGGCUGAGGACCUCGGCAAGGCCUUUGGCGAGCGCUUUGGAGGAGGCAACAUCGAGUUGUUCAAGCUCAUGGUGCAAAAAGGCUUCUUAGGUCGUAAGGCAGGGAAAGGUUUUUAUGUUUACCAGGAAGGGGUGAAGAACAGGAACGUCAAUUCUGGCAUGGACGAGAUCUUAGCACGGUUCCAAGUGCCAGCCAAUCCUGAAGUCUGCACUGAGGAGGACAUCCAGAUGCGCUUGGUGACAAGGUUUGUGAAUGAGGCAGCCAUGUGCCUGCAGGAAGGAAUCCUCAGCAACCCCGUGGAGGGAGAUAUUGGUGCUGUGUUCGGCUUGGGCUUCCCACCAUGCCUGGGAGGUCCCUUCAGGUAUGCAGACUCGUACGGAGCCAAGGAGCUGGUGGACAAGCUGCGCAAGUAUGAGGCCGUGUACGGCUGCCAGUUCACACCAUGCCAGCUGCUGCUGGACUACGCCAAAAACCCGAGCAAGAAAUUCCACCAGUGAGCGUGGCCCCACACCGCCCGCCCAUGACACGCCGACAGCUCGAGC